AUGGACGGCACCGCCAGCCCCAACAUCCAUACUAUCGUCAAAGCGCAGAUCGUCUUUUUGCUCUCGACCCUCACGGAAGAGAACUUCGAGCGAAAUCAGGUGGAGAUACGUUCACUUUCCGAGCAGCAUGGAAUCGACACAUACCUCCACUUCAUACGCCGUCUCAUCGUUUACUCCCAUAACAGACUCACAUCUACCACAUCACCCGCCGCAUUUGAUCCCUCCUCCGCCCUGACAUUCCGCUUGCUCGUCCAAGAGACCCAGCGCCUCGCACGCGAUCCGUUUCUAGCAGACAGGUUUCGAGAUGGUGUUGAUCAGGGAGAAGGAGAGGUAUACCGCAACUUUGACUUUGUCAAGUUUGCGGACCGAGUUGGGCUUCGCCCGCUAGAGAGGCUCAUCUUGGCGUCCUCCAUCGUCGCCGCUCCAACUCGGAGAGAACUUGCGGCGCAGGCGGCGACCGUGAUUCGUGUAGACUUCGAGAACGCUGUUUUGGCUUUGUGCCAGCAUCCUUCCUUCGACCAUGCCGAUCUCAAUCCGAAUCAGGUCGCGAAGUUGCUGUCGAACCUCCUUGCCGAAGUCCCUUCCGAUGCUCCCAUCCUGGAUGCCACCCAGCGGCAAGCCCUCAUUCUUGCUGCCCAAGCGAAGUACGGUUCGGAGAUCGUCUCCCCAAUUCUCCAGCAUAUUAUGCCUAAUCUGAGUCUUCCGCCUGGAACAUCUCUUGUGCAAGCAUUGGUACAGCUGGGACCUGACAUCACGAGCGAUGCGGACGUUGUCCGUUCCCUCAUGGCAAGAUUCGGAAUCAGCGAGGUCAACCCUCCGACUGAUGCUCAAGUUGUGGAUCUCGUGACUUCCCUCGCGCGGUUGGCUUCCGAAGGGACAUCAUUGCCCGACGUCGGUGCUGUUGUACGGGCGCUCAGUAGCUUCAAUAGCAGUCUCAACUGGGCCGCUGCCAUUCAGGCAUUCGAUAUCCCUGACAGGCAGGGCGUCGACACGGCAACUCUGAAGCUGCUUAUCGCUAUCUUAAUGAACACGCCGCGCGACGAGCAGCACCACGCAGUCACUGGCUUUUGGUCUCUCUGGUCCAAUACUCAAUACCAACUUCGCCUGCUCGAUGCUCUGUUAUCUCUUCCUGCGGACACCUUUAACUUUGUCAAUCUUCCAGGCCGGAAGAUCGUCACCGUCGAGGAUGUCGCGGGUGCCAGUCCUACCAUCAAAUCACUGGCUGCGAACGUGCAAGGGCACACUUGGAACUCGCUGGACUUGUUCGAAGUGUUGGUUCAGGCAGCCGACUUCAACAGCACGGAGAUCACAAACUUGGUGCGCGAGAUGUUGGACAAGGCAGUCAAGAUCAGUGCAGAGCUCGUGCAUAUGGGUCUUCUGCAAGUUCCGCAAGCGUCAUGGAACGACAUCCGCCUGGAGUACACUCAGCGGCUCCUCGCUAUGUUUCUGGCUGGUCACCCGAACCAUCAACUCGUGUUCAUGCGGAUCUGGCAGAUCGAGCCUGCGUACCUCACUAACGCGUUCCGGGACUUCUACGAUGAGAGUAACCUCAACAUCACGAGGAUAUUAGACGUUGCACAAGAUCUUAAAAUCUUGGAUGCAUUGCUUGAGGUCCGACCGUUCAAGUUCGCCUUGGAUGUUGCUGCGUUAGCCUCUCGUCGCGAGUAUCUCAACUUGGACAAGUGGCUUGCCGACAACGUCACAACACAUGGCGCCGAUUUCUUGCACGCUGUCAUCGCCUUCUUGGAGCUCAAGAUGGACAGUGAGAAGACCGUGCGAGUUUCGGACCCUCCUGUCGAGCCUCGUACGAUGCAGCUUUCGCCUCAGACCAUAGCAAUAUUCUUGCGGGUGUUGCGCAACAGCUCUAGCAUCAUGCAUGAGAACGACGUCGACUAUUGCCUCGAAGUGCGGAAUGCUUGUUUGCAGAUCCACCCGCGUCUCAUGAACCUGGUUCCUGGUUCCGACAUUGAGCCAGGUUUCAGUGUCGUCACGUACUCUACAGAGAUUGAGACGGAGGUCGACGGCAUCUACAAGCAGAUGUACGACGAGCAGAUCACCAUUGACGACGUCAUCAAACUGCUGCAGCGCAACAAGGCUUCCAGUAACCCCCGCGACCACGAGAUAUUCUCUUGCAUGCUGCACUUCCUCUUCGACGAGUACAAGUUCUUCCAGUCGUACUAUCCACACCGCGAACUUGCCAUGACCGGCUAUCUGUUCGGCUCCCUUAUCCAAUACCAGCUUGUCGAUUUCAUCCCCCUCGGCAUUGCUAUCCGCUAUGUCCUGGACGCUCUCAACUGUCCGCCGGAGACUAACCUCUUCAAAUUCGGCAUUCAAGCGCUCUCCCGAUUCGAGUCGCGCCUCUCCGAGUGGCAACCGCUCUGUCAGGCUUUGCUCAAGAUCCCACACCUACUCGAGGCGCGCCCUGACCUCGCAGUCAGCAUCCAGCGCGCGCUCGCCAAUGGAGAUGGCGCGAGCAGCUCUGCGGAUCUACGAACACUGACAUCGGUGCCGAUGAUAGAGCAGCCGCCGAUUUUUACGGCUAUUCAACCUGACCGGCUGGACGGCGAGCCUGAGAAGCCGCCGGAAGAGGUGUCAGACAAGAUUUUGUUCAUUGUGAACAAUCUCGCCCCGUCGAAUUUCGAAUCGAAGCUGGCGGAGAUGAAGGGGCACUUCCAGGAGCAUUAUUCGCGGUGGUUUGCAAAUUAUCUAGUUGACCAGCGCGUCAGCAUCGAGCCGAACAACCAUCAGCUGUACCUUCGCUUCCUCGAUGCCCUGGACGUCCAGUCAUUGUUCCGAUUCGUCCUCCACGAGACUCUCGUCAAAUCUGCAGUACUGCUCAACUCGGAGAAGACUCAGCAGCUCAGCUCGGAGCGUGCUGUCCUGAAGAACGUCGGUUCGUGGCUGGGCAGCAUCACGCUUGCCAGGGAUCGUCCAAUCAAGCACAAGAACUUAUCGUUCAAGGACCUGCUCAUUGAGGGCUACGACAACAACAGGCUCGUAGUCGCAAUCCCGUUCGUCUGCAAAACGCUUGAGCCAGCGGCGCGCUCCAAAGUGUUCCGCCCCCCGAACCCAUGGCUGAUGGCCGUCAUCAGCCUUCUCACCGAGCUGUAUCACUUCGCCGAGCUCAAACUCAACCUGAAGUUCGAGAUCGAAAUGCUUUGCAAGGCGCUCGAUAUCGACCUCGAUGUUGUGCAGGCGACUACUAUCCUCCGCAAUCGUCCUCUAUCUGAUUCGCUCGCCGGUCCUCCCCUCCCUGACUAUGUCGGCGAUAUCGACUCUCUGCCUAUGGGUGGGUAUGAUCCGACAGCGCAAGGACAGGACGCUCAGGUAAUACCCCUAGGACCGACCAGUCCUUCUGACACCCAGCGCGUUCUUGGCGCCCACAUUGAGAACAUCCUGUCGAGCAUCCUCCCUCAUGUCACCAUUAACCCUCAACUCGCCCCUCUCAACACAAACCCGUCCUUCAAGCGUGCGAUUCAGAUGGCGAUUGACCGCGCUGUCCGCGAGAUCAUCCUCCCCGUCGUCGAGCGCUCCGUCACCAUCGCCGGCAUAUCUACCCGCGAGCUAGUUGCUAAGGACUUCGUCACGGAGCCUAACGAGGACAAGCUGCGGAAGGCUGGUCACCUCAUGGCACAGAAGCUCGCUGGAAGUUUGGCUCUGGUCACCUGCAAGGAGCCGCUCAAAGGCAAUCUCGGCAGCCACAUCCGCCAGUUCUUGUCUGAGUUCGGCUUCACUGAUCAAAUCGUUCCCGACCAGGUCAUCUUCUUGCUGGUGCAGGAGAAUAUCGAGCUUGCUUGCCAGGCUAUCGAGAAAGCGGCUAUGGAUCGUGCGGUGAUUGACGUCGAUGACGGUUUUGCAGCUGCAUACGAGCUCCGCAGACGUCACAGGGAGUCACGACCUGGCCAGCCCUUCUGGGACAGCUCUGUGCCGCAAUCUAAUGUCUUCGGUUCUCUACCUGACCCGCUGCGCAUCAAGCCCACCGGCGUGCAGCAGAUCCAAGCAGCCGUCUACGAGGACUUCAGCAUGGACCCCAAGCGGCGCAUGUUCAUUAGCCGUCCGAACUCGACGGUAUCGUACUCCCGCAACGACCAGAUUCCUUCCCUUUACAGUCCGUCGCCUGCCCCAGAGCAGCCCGGUCAAGCACUGCUCCGUCCUCAGGAAGCCAUGGAGCGUUUCAACGCUCUCGUCAGGGAUCUCGAGGCCGUGCUCAUACAGCUCCCUAUCGCCUCCCUUGCCGCGCUGCCACCCAACCACGAAGUCCGCCACCUUGUCCGUCAGAUCCUCUUCAUCGCUGCCGAUUCCAUCGACCGCUCCCGCACGCCCCUCCUCAUGUCCCAGAAGAUUGUACAGUUGUUGUACAAGACCCCUUCUCAGCUUGGUCGCGAGAUCUACGUCGCUUUGCUGGAUCAGCUGUGCCACUCGUUCGAGGAGGUUGCACGGGAGGCAAUCACGUGGCUGAUCUACGCCGAGGACGAGCGGAAGUUCAAUGUUCCCGUCACCGUCACCCUCUUGCGCAGCGGCCUUGUGACCAUCUCGCAGGAGGAUCAGCAAUUGGCGAAGCUGCUGUACUCGGAUCCCCGCCCAAGCCUGCAGAAUUUCGCUGCUGGACUGAUCCGGGAGUGCCUCGCGGCUGACCCGCCCCUCGCUACUCAGGCUCAGUUCUCGUACUCGCUUGAGGCCUUCAAUCAGUUGGCUCAGCAAGGCAAAACGAACGAUGAGGCUAGUCGGUUGCUGGAUGACCUCCGUGGCGUACCGCGUCGGACAGCUCAAACGGCGAAUACUCCAGUGGCUGACAGUCAACCUGCUCGUCAACCUUCUGUCAAGCCGGAGACGGAGACUUUGCGUGAGAAGCUGUUCAUCUGGUUCCAGCAAUGGAUCAGCAUUUAUCAGCGGUCGCACUCGCCCGAGAAAUCAUUUGUGCCGUACAUCACCCAGCUCACGCGCCAGGGCAUCCUCAAGGCCGAAGAUGUCUCUUCGUUCUUCUUCCGAGUUUGCGCGGAGUCGAGCGUGAACAGCUACAUCAAGCACGUCAACGCUGGCGAGUUCGGCUUCGCUUUCCAGGCACUGGAUGCCAUGUCGCGCUUGAUCGUGUACAUCAUCAAGUACCACGGCGAUGCGUCCGGCGUCAACAACGAUCAAGCCAAGGUCCACUACCUCACGAAGAUUUUGUCCAUCUUUGUGCUCGUGCUUGCCAACAUGCACGAGGAGCAGGGCCCUCACUUCCAGCAGAAACCGUUCUUCCGCUUCUUCUCAAGCCUUCUCAACGAUCUUCACUCGGUUGAGAGUAGUCUGGGAUCGGCCUACUUCCAGUUGCUCAUCGCUAUCAGUGAUACCUUCAGCUCGCUGCAACCGACGUACUUCCCGGGCUUUGCCUUCUCGUGGAUGAGCUUGAUCUCGCAUCGUCUCUUCAUGCCAAAAUUGCUCCUGUCCGACAAUCGCGAGGGAUGGUCUGCCUUCUACAAGCUUCUGCUGUCGCUCUUCAAAUUCCUCGCGCCUUUCCUCAAAACUGCUGAUCUGCAGCCUGCUGGUCGCGAUCUUUACAGGGGCACUCUACGCCUUCUCCUCGUCCUGCUUCACGACUUCCCCGAAUUCCUCAGCGAGUACUACUUCUCCCUCUGUGACGUGAUCCCCCCGCGUUGCAUCCAAUUCCGCAAUAUCGUUCUCAGCGCAUACCCUCCCAAUGUCGUCCUUCCCGAUCCCCAUCUGCGGGACAUCGACUUCGAGGCGAUACCCGAGAUGGGUCCCAUUCCGCCCAUCCUGUCCGACUUCGCAGCCAGCCUUAGAGCGGGUGACCUCAGAAUGUACCUUGACCAAUUCCUGUUGAACAGGGGUCCGCAGUCUACAUUCCUGUCGUCACUCAAGGAUCGCCUCCGCGUUCCGGCUCAAGAGGGUGCUGCGGAGACGUACAAUCUCCCCCUCAUCAACUCGCUUGUCAUGUACAUCGGGGUUUCUUCUGUCGCUCAGGCGAGGGCUCGCAGCGGAGGUCCGCUCUUCGUUCCGACCGACCCUGGUGUCGUUGCCUUGCACUACUUGGCGACCAAUCUGGAUGUUGAAGGUCAGCACCACUUGCUCAGUGCGAUGGUCCUUCACUUGCGCUACCCCAAUGCGCAUACGCAUUGGUUCAGCUCCUUGAUGCUGUACCUCUUCCAUGAUAUUCAGGUUGAUCAGUUCAGGGAGAUCGUGACCAGGGUAUUGCUGGAGCGGUUCCUAGUCCACCGUCCGCACCCGUGGGGCGCUCUAGUCACGUUCAUUGAGCUGUUGCGCAACCCCAAGUACAACUUUUGGAACCAGGAGUUCAUCCACAUUGCUCCUGAGGUCACGCUUCUGCUCGAGAAUGUCGCGAGGUCGAUCUUCCAAUCCUAG